AUAUAUAAACGCGCGACGGAAACGCCGCACGUCGCUUUUUUGCCUCAGUAAGGGUAGAGUUGUGUUCGCGUUCUUGCGCGUUUGUUGUGUGCGUUUCCUUUUUCCCAAGAAAUAGGCCACAUAACCUAUGUCCAUUUCGUGAAACUAACUCUCCUAGAAAAAAAAAACCCAAAAAAAGCAAAAAAAUUGUGAAAAAAACGCAUUAAAAAAAUCGCAAAACCACUGGCGAAAAUCGUCGUGACCUCGAUGACAAAGGGAAGGAAAGGGAAGUAAAUACGUGACCAGUGAGAGAGGGAGAGAGAGAGAUAGAGAGAGUGAGAGAGUGCGACGUUGUGUUCGCAAAGGGAGAGAACAGACGGAAGGAAUUCAUCUUGCUCACAAGGCACGCGAGAAAAAAAAGUAUCCACGCACGCACGAGGUGGAAGAAGCGGGAGAGGUGAAGAGGAAAAACGUGUGCAAGGACGCGUGCGAGAGCGACGAGAGACAGCAGGCAGAUCCGCGGCCAGGCCGUAAUCCGCGCGUGAGUUAGAGAAGGAGAGAGAAGCAGCCGCGUGAGCGUAAAGAGGCGUCGCGCGACGCGAGGAAGGAACGUACGUCCCGUCCCGUCUCCACUCUCUUCUUCACCGAGCACGCUCCGCAAUCGCAAACGGCCGCCGCCAUGAAUCCCGGAGCGCCCAACUACCCCAUGGCCUCGCUCUACGUCGGCAAUCUGCACACCGACAUCACCGAGGCGAUGCUGUUCGAGAAGUUCUCGACGGCCGGACCCGUGCUGUCGAUACGCGUAUGCCGCGACAUGAUCACCCGCCGCUCGCUCGGCUACGCAUAUGUCAACUUCCAGCAGCCGGCCGAUGCCGAACGCGCCCUUGAUACCAUGAAUUUCGACAUAAUAAAAGGGCGGCCUAUUCGGAUCAUGUGGUCCCAGCGCGAUCCCUCCCUACGCAAAUCGGGCGUUGGAAAUGUAUUCAUCAAGAACUUAGAUAAAAACAUAGACAAUAAAGCGAUGUACGAUACCUUUUCCGCAUUCGGUAAUAUAUUGAGCUGCAAGGUUACGCAAGAUGAGUCGGGCGCGUCAAAGGGCUACGGCUUUGUCCAUUUUGAAACAGAGGAAGCGGCCAACAAAUCUAUCGAGAAAGUCAACGGGAUGUUGCUAAAUGGCAAGAAGGUGUACGUUGGCAAAUUUAUUCCACGUAAGGAACGCCAGAAAGAAUUGGGCGAGAAGGCCAAACUGUUCACAAAUGUCUACGUGAAGAACUUCGGCGAGGAUAUGUCCGACGACAAGCUGAAGGAUAUGUUCGAGAAGUACGGGACCAUUACAAGUCACAAGGUGAUGAUCAAGGACGACGGCAAGUCACGUGGAUUCGGAUUUGUCGCGUUCGAGGACCCGAACUCCGCCGAGCAGGCGGUGCUGGAUUUGAACGGCAAGGAGAUCGCCGAGGGCAAGUGCAUGUACGUCGGGCGGGCCCAGAAGAAGGCCGAGCGCCAGCAGGAGCUUAAACGGAAAUUCGAGCAGCUGAAGAUCGAGCGCUUGAAUCGGUAUCAGGGCGUGAAUUUGUACGUAAAGAAUCUGGACGAUACGAUCGACGACGAGCGUCUGCGUAAGGAAUUCACGCCGUUCGGCACCAUCACGUCGGCAAAGGUGAUGAUGGAGGAAGGACGUAGCAAGGGAUUCGGCUUCGUGUGCUUCUCGCAGCCGGAGGAGGCCACCAAGGCGGUUACCGAGAUGAACGGGCGCAUCGUAGGUUCUAAGCCUCUCUAUGUCGCUUUGGCGCAGCGUAAGGAAGACCGUAAGGCGCACCUCGCGUCUCAGUACAUGCAACGUAUGGCGAACAUGCGCAUGCAGCAGAUGGGCCAGAUAUUCCAUCAGCCCGGGAACGCCGGCAGUUACUUCGUACCUACGCUACCGCAGCCGCAGCGAUUCUACGGACCCGCGCAGAUGGCGCAGAUCCGCGCGACUCCACGCUGGCCGGCGCAGCCGAAUCAAGUGCGACCGAACGCGCAGACCGGCAACUCCGGAUUUGCGUCCAUGCAAGCUGCACCAUUCCGAGCGGCGCCGCGCGCCCCUGCCGCACAGGCUGCCGGCCUGCGUAAUAACAUGUCAGCGAGACCUAUCACAGGUCUGCAAGCAGUUGGCGGCGCCAACAUGCAGAGUCGUUCCAUGGCCGGGCCAGCCGUUGGUGUCUCGCCCGGUCAGAGCCGUCCGCCGAAUUACAAGUACACCUCAAACAUGCGCAACCCACCAUCGCAAGCGGCCAUGGCUCUAUCUGCACCGAGUGGUCCUUCUCUGCAGCAGGCGGUUCACAUCCAGGGCCAGGAGCCGCUCACCGCGUCGAUGUUAGCCGCGGCGCCGCCGCAGGAGCAGAAGCAAAUGCUGGGAGAACGUUUGUUCCCUCUAAUCCAUGACAUGAAUCCACAACUGACCGGCAAGAUCACCGGUAUGUUGUUGGAGAUCGAUAACAGCGAGCUGCUUCACAUGCUGGAGCACAAGGAAUCUCUGAAGGCCAAGGUCGACGAAGCCGUGGCCGUGUUACAGGCCCAUCAGGCCAAGCAGGCGGUCGCGCCGAAGAAGGAAUAAAAGCGGCGUCACAUCGUUAACCUUUAUUUAUAAAAAGUUGAAAAUAAAUUUCGAUCGAUUUUGAUUCGAUGUACACGCGGUAUUGUCUCUUCAUUUAAAUUUUAUUUUUCUGAAUUUAUCGUGUCAGUAAUAUUUACAUAACGGAUUUAUUUUCCGAGAUAUAACCAGUUCCGAGACGUCGUUUGGGACGAUAAGGAACGUAUUCUCUUUUUACAAAUUAUAAAAUUUUAAAAAAAGAAUUCACUUCGUAUUCGGCAUAUUGGAGUACGGAGGGUUGCGGACACCUUUUCUGGACGGUUAGAUAUGCUCUGCAUUCGCUUAUUGAAAGAAACAUGAAGAAAUGUGAAAAGAUUUCCAAACUUAGAAAUUUAAGAUAAUAAAUUUUUCUUUCGGAAUAUAUACACAA